AAUGUUAUUCGUUAUUAUCAGUAGGUCCUAUCAUAUGACGGUUUUCUAAAUACUUAUAUCUCAUUUAUAUAUUAUUUUUUAUCACCGAAUUAGAUUUCUUCACUAAAUCUUAAAAACAUUUUAUGUUCAUAAAAUUAUCCAGCCUAGUUCUAUAGCUUCAUUCUCUGAAGUAUGAAAAACACAAAUCACGCUUGUAUAAUCCCAUGUUAUUCAUCAAUAGAGCCGGCGUAAUUUAGCAACUUCUAAGACGCGCCGUCAAAGCCUAUUCGUAGAACUGUUAAGUAAAAACCAGUCUCUUCGUAGCGCGCGCUACCGCUCGUGCUGCGCGCGCGCCGACCCGCUCCCGAAGCACGCGCGGUAUCGCAGAAGAGGGGCAGGGCUCGGGGACCCUAUAUAAAACCCGCUGCCCUACCUGAUUCAAUCAUUCCCGACUAAAGCCCGUGCGCGCACGUUGCCUCUCUCCGCUCGCGCAACCUUGUAAAUACGUAGUUUAAUUCGUUAGACUAAGUUUAGUAAACAUUAACAUGUGUUUGGCUAAAGAGACCCAAUCGCCCCAGAAGGAGGCUGUGUCACCAAGGUCGCCAUGGGCGAAGCUUCUUAACCGUCAGAGCUCUAAGCCACGACUUCCAAGAAAAGUGACAUCCUCCACCAGGGUGAACUUAAAUAAGUGCUGGUCGAAGCUUGGCGAGUUGAUUUCCAAUGCAUCGCCACGUACUGACCUACCAUCACAUAAGACUGUAUACUCCGAAGAGCCCAUACUGGUGCCCUUCACUGACUUCUUCUAUCCAGUGGAACCGGUCAAACCGGCAGCUACAGAAGACAACGACAACGCUGAGAAUCAGAACAUCCUCAACUCAAGUCGCUUCGAACUCAUCUCACAAGAUCCAGAGGUCGACAACUUGGCUAAUGAGGUCCGAGAGAUCUGCUACAACAGCGCAAACAAGAACUGCAUCGUAUGUAAACUUUAUUAGUUCAAAACUAAAUUUUUCUCUCCGGUAAUAGUUAUUGAUUCUUAAAGCAGUGAAACAAAAUCGUGUCUUCCAAUCAUAGAUUUAGUGCGUGCUCGAUCCAGAGUACAAAAUCCAAUGUCUUCCAUUAGACGUAAGUGAACUUGACUGGUGUAAAUCUCUGGUUUUCAACAUACAUUGUAAGUUUAGAUUAUUUUAUCCAUACUUUAAAUGGUUUUAACUUGUCGAUGUAUCUUAUACUACUAGAGAUUUCUUACCAAAUCGAGUUUACACUUAGAAACGCAGCAGAUACAAUGUGUAUUCCUAUUGGAUGGUCAUGUGAUUUAAGUUUAUAGUUUCUUGUGAUCUUUAGUAGUAUUUUCAUCUCUGUUUACACGCUGUACCUGCUUCGUGGUAGUUUUUGAUUGUAACAGUAUAACAGCAAGUUUGGUAGACAGCUUUAAUAUCACCUGCACUGUAAUUAUCAUCGCACGAGUCUUUGGCUAUCUUCUAAACUUCAUUCUUUGGCAGAAUUUCGCGAUUCAGCUUGUAUUUUAAUUAUAUCUUGAUCGAUGUCUUCCAUUAAUAUUUAGAAGAGUUUAUUAUCUUGACUGUGAUAUUUAAUGAUAAAAAUCCAAGCUUUAAUUAGAAUUUAAGCAGAGUUUAUCAGAAAUUUAUAUCUUAGCUUUAGUAAGGAAAUGCAUCAAAGUAUAUCAAUGUAAUAGUUUUAAGGAUAUUCUUUGAUGUAUUUGAGAAUCAUAUAAAUGUGUGUGUAUAAUAUGAAUAAUACAUAUCAAUCACAAAAGCUUUAAUAGUAUGUAAGAGUACACUUGUAAGUAAUUAGAAUUACUGUAAUAUUCUGAAAUGUAAGCGGAAGUGGGCCGAACGUGCCAAUCUUUUAAAUUUAAGACAUUUAUGUACUUAAAAUAAGUUUUAGCUUUAAUUAACUGUUCUUAUAAUCAUAAGGUUUUUCAUUUGUUUUUUUCUGAAUUCUUCCAUUUGUGUCAACUAAGUAUAGAUUUUUAGGCAUUCAUUCUUUUUAUUUUUAAAUAAGUUAAGCGUUAGACUGAUAUAGUUAAGGAACUGCAAGACUUUCGUUUGAUCUCCAGUCUUAAUCAAUAAAGUUGUAAUAAAUAAA